AUCAGAUUUAAAUUGGAUUUCAGUCUACAGUAUCUUGAUUUGGUCCGUCAGGGCUGCCAAACCUGAACUAAGCCUAUCGAAACUACUUCAGAAUAAAUUGUGAUUUUCCUGAUUCAUGCCGAACUUGGAUAUUCGGCAAUUGGGCAACAUGCCCGCCAAUACCGCUGGUUUGUGGAAGCGGGUGACCUUCCUGCUGGCCCUUCCGGCCAUUGUCCUGUGCGCCGUAAACGCUUUUUCCGGACACAAACACGUCGAACGAGAGCCAUUCGCUAAGUAUGAGUAUUUGAGGCGCAGGACCAAGCGAUUUCCAUGGGGUGACGGCAAUAAGAGCUUCUUUCACAAUGCCGAAGUGAAUGCCUUGCCCGAGGGUUAUGAGGAUGAAGUUGCUGAAGGGGACUAGGAUUAUCAUUUGUGAUAACCUUUUUGUUUCGAUUUUUCGACAAAACGAACGUAACUACUCCAGAAUACCCUUCGGUUAAUGGUUUUAUUUUGGAUUAAUAACUAUUAUAUCAACUGUAGCCCAUGGUUUGCAGAUUCUUCCGAAGUAAUAAAUUAAUCAUUGAGAUCUGA